AUGAUGCCUAUUGGACUUACUAUUUAUUUAGCAGAUAAAAUUGAAGAUUAAGAAGAAACAAAAUAGCCUUAUCUUUCUUCUGAAGGUUUUAGAUUUUUUAAUAGAUCAAAUUAAGAACCUGGAUAUGAUAAUAUAUAAGAACUUGAUAUAGUUUAAGGAUAUUAAGCAUUUAAAAAAUUAGAAAAUGAUAUAAGUUCUGGAAAACAUCAUUUUAUAGUUGAUUUUGAUAUGCAUUUUGAAGAUAUUUCACUUGAUUUUACAAAUUAAGAUUUAAAUAAUUGA